AUGUGCGCCUGUACAAUACGUAUUAGUCGCCUGCCUUGCAAGCUUGUUUCUUGGUUGGUUUCAUUAGCCGUUCUCAUCAGCGAACCCACAAACCUAUUCGUUUCUGCAAAGAGCAUGAAGCUGCUACUUGUGAUUGCGGCGUCACUUUUGGCCAUCGUUUCAACUGCACCGCAGUGCUUCGGUCCUGAUUGUGUGGGUGGAAGAUGCGUUGGUCCUAAUUGUUGGAAUCGCAUGUUCAAAAGAUCACCACCGUGUGUCGGCCCUAACUGUAAAUGUGAAAAGUGCGGUAAUGUUGGUCCUGAUUGUACGUGUCAUGACAAGAGCAAAAGGUCACCGCAGUGCUUCGGUCCUGAUUGUGUGGGUGGAAGAUGCGUUGGUCCCAAUUGUUGGAAUCGCAUGUUCAAAAGAUCACCACCGUGUGUCGGCCCUAACUGUAAAUGUGAAAAGUGCGGUAAUGUUGGUCCUGAUUGUACGUGUCAUGACAAGAGCAAAAGGUCACCGCAGUGCUUCGGCCCUGAUUGUGUGGGUGGAAGAUGCGUUGGUCCUAAUUGCUGGAGGCGUGGAUUUUAAAGCUGGAAGUGAUGUUCGUGUACCAACC